AUGGAUAAGACACCAACUAAAUCAGACAGUGGCGAAGACAGUUUUCUUCAAUAUCUAAACAAUCUUGAAGAUAAUGGAAACAACCUAAGUAGCGGCACUACAUCAUUAGGCUUCAAAACGCCGCAGACUUUAAAAUCACAAAAGAAUGACAGGAACUACCUCGGAGUAAAGUCACAAACAGUCAUUCAGAAAAAAACUAAUACUGUCACUGUACCAAAACCCUUUAAAUUCCUGACGGCUGAACGUGCUCAAAGAAACGAAAAUAUAUGUAAUGCGUCUAAUGACGCAAAGUCCCCAUAUAUUCCGUUGGUUAAAAGAAUUCAAGCAUUCUUGGAUGAAACACCGGACCGGUUUAAACCACAUUCGGCGUCGAAGGCAAAUAAAAGCAUUAAUCUUAAUUUCAUUUCAAAAUACCCUGUUGAACUGCCACAAUAUAGGUAUUCGUCGACCGUUGCUAAAUCCCCUUUUUUAUUGACUAAGAUAAGAGCUAAACCGACUUCAGUACUGCCAACCGAAGAGCGUGAAGCCAUUGAAGCUGAAAAAUAUGAAUUUAGGGCGAGACCUAUAAAUCGACGGAUAUUUGAGUUUGCAGGUGAAUUAGGAGUUCCGACGAUUGAGAAGCCCAUUCCUACGAUACCAGAGUCACCAAAAAUAACCAAGCCUAAACCAAUACCACCUAGAAAACCAUCUCCACCACACCUCGUCAAAGCGAAUCCAGUGCCCGAUUAUGAUAAUCCUUUUAGACCGGUCAUUGAGCACCGAAAAUUGUCCCCGCCCGGAUUUUCGUUGCCAGGUGAUGAAAUAACAAAACGAAAAAUGUGGGAGCGGGAGGAAAAAAUUAGACGAGAAUUGGAGGAACAGGAAAGAGCGAGAAGGUUUCGAGCACAACCUCUCCCAAGCGAUUCUCCUGAUCAUUUUCCAAGACCCCCGCAUCGAACACCAACACAACCAGAUCCUUUUAUUCUACAAACAGAUAUACGCGGAGAAGUAUAUCAACAAUAUUUUCAAGAAAUGGUGAAUCGUUCGGAACAAAUCGAAAAGGAGAAUAAAAUAUUCCAUGCGAGGCCGGUUCCUAAAUUUGACCAGGUUGCUCCACCGCCUAAACCCGAAAAACCAAAUCCUACCGAGCCCGUGGAAUUCAAUUUUUUGACUGAUUUACGAAUUGAGAAACAUAGGCAAAUUGAGAAAGAACGCAAAAACAGGGAAGUGGAAAAAGAGAUGCUCAAAAGAGAGAAACAGAGAGAAGAAGAGGCUAGAAAGGAAGCGGAGAUUCGUAAAAUACGCUCAGAAUUAGUACAUCAUCCUGAACCAAUCAGACGAUACACUCCUCUGAAAAUCGAGCCAUCAAAAAAAAGACUUACAAGGGCGACGUCUCCUCUAAUUGGAGAGAAGCGACGACGAUAUUUAGAAGAAUCCUCGAAUCUUUCAAAUUUUUCAUCUUUUUCCCCUCUUAAAUCAGCGAAAACAUCAACAAUAUCGAACGAUUAUAAAGAUAACUUCGAUCAAGAACAAAAAUCAUCGUUGCGAUUGACAAACAUCUCUGAAGAUUAUAACAGUAUGCAAAAUUCGUUGCAACAAGAGAAUCACGAUCAAUCACAGCCGUCUCCAAUUACUGUUCGUACUACUAUUGCGACUGC